UAUAUUGACCUAUAUUAUAUAAGUAUUUACUAUAAAAGCAUGCCUAAGCAGAGUUUUAGUCACUGAUUGCUUUAACAUGCUUGACCAGAUUGACACAUGAAACACGUAGGACGUAAUUAUAUCUUCUUUAUUGAAGUAAUGUCUGAGUUUUGUAAGAUAAGGUAAGAUCAAACAAUUGAUAAUAAUUAGGAUCAACAGUAUGUGGUCUAAUUGAUAAAAAAAAUACUCUAUGUUUACAAUUGCCAAAACAAAGUUAAUUUCACAGCAAAAGUAUUUGUCUAUUAUUUUUAGAAAUAAUUAUUUUUUCAUAUUAAUUUACAUAAUCAUAAUAUGUAAAUAUCAAAUAUUCAUUAUAAGACCAAGUCAAAUCUUCUGCCAAUACAAAACUUGAAAUUAAUGGCGCUGAAGGCUUGUUAUAGUCUUCACAUUCAAUGGCUAGACAUACAGAACAUGCAUUAAGCCAUUUAGAUCAGGUAUUAAGCAGUCCUAUUGCAACUCCUGCACAGAUCAACAAACAUUUGAUGUAUGUCGGGAAUAACAAAGUUAAAGAAAAGGAGAAAUUUGAUGAUGUCAUUGUAAUUAAUGACGAAGAUGACAAAACAAAUACUCCAUCUCCCAGUUCUUCUCCACCUUUGUUGUUUCCUACUGACUUGAGCAUUUUGGACUUGAGCUUUUUGGACACUUUUGAUAAUGCAGUGUCUGAAAAUGCUCUAGUUUCCAGUUCCAAUGAAAAUACUUUCACAUCCAGGACGGAUGUUCUAGAAAAUCUUAGUAGUAUAUGUCAGAGAUCAAGACAGGAGAAUGACUGGAGUGAUUAUGUGCAUCCCGAUACAGAUUGUUCUAUCAUUAGCUCAUAUGAUGUGAGAGGAACAGGGGACACUAUCACUCUUGUGGAGGAACUUGAAGACCAAAGUAAGAGUAAUGAUGAAACAAACGUUUUUUACAGCUCACACUAUUCUAGUGAAGAGAAUUCUGGGGAUAAUAGAGAAAGUGAUGCAGAGAAAAGUAGUUCCUGUGGCCUUGGCAGUACGGAUCACUACACCAAUGCUGAGCUGUUUGAAAAUGGCGUGCUGAUAAACGGAAGUAAAAAAGACUUGGGGAUGGAAGAACUGGCUGCGGAUUCUCCAAUAGAUGAUGACAGCUCACCUAAACUGAUCUCUGUCGGGAUAAGUGUUAGCAGUUUAGAACAACAACAGUUGAAAUUUAGAACAGACCUAACCAGAUGUACUAGUACUAGCCCUGAGUUUUUAAUAAGACAACAACUGUCAGAGAAUGACAGAAUAGCUAAUGACAAUAAAUGUUCAAAUUUCUCAUUUCAUUCUAUAUCAUCUACACCUCAUUUAGAAUGUGCAUCUACACCAGCUGUAAAUUCAGUAAACAUUGACAUGAAUAAUUUAACAAUAUCUGCAACAGAUGAAUGGGUUCCUUCUGAUUAUCUGCAAGUAUCAGCAGAAACUUUGCUUACCUGUGAAACAUCUGAAAAUACAACUAGCCCUACUUACUCAGAUGGGGAUAAAGGCUGUUUGAAGUUGUUACAUACUAAAAGUUUUGAAAAUUUAGCAGACAAAAGCACUGAUAUAACAAACAUCAUAGCAAAAAUAGAUAAUUUAUUGUCCUUCCCAAACCCUGGUCCCUCUGUUUCUAGUAAAAGCGAAGAUUUAAAUUGUGUUAGGCUAGAAGAAAAUAAAGGGCUUCCUUCAAAAAAUACAGAAAAAUUAGAUGAUUUCUUGAUGAAUUUUGAUACAAAUUAUAUGCUAGUGAAAGACGACAGCUCUGUUUCUUCUGAGGCUAAACACAGCAAAGGUAGUGAAGAAGAUACACCAAGAAGCUUCUCGGGGCAGAAGGACAACAUCCCAAAAAGUCCAAGAAGCAAUGCUCUGAACAAUGUCAGCGAUGUUAUAGUUAUAGAGGAUGAUGAAAGCAGCCACUCAUCAUUAAGUUCUGCCCCACAUUCUCCUCAUUGGUUGGCCUUGUCACCUUCAACCUCUGACCUCAGCUUCCUUGAGAAAAAUGACUACUCAGAUUCAUGUGAAAGAAAUGAAACUAAUGCGAUAUGCAACAGAAGUUGUUCUCUGCCAGAUUCAGGGAUGGUCUUUGAAGAAAAUUCAACUUGCAAAACAGAUGAAACUAGAGCUAUAAGCAACAGAAGUUCUUCUUUGCUUGAUUCUGGAAUAGUCUUUGAAGAAAAUUUAACUUGUGAAACUGAUAAAACUAAAGCAUCACACAACACAAUUUGUUCUCUUCCAGACACUGGAAUGAUCACUAAAGAAAAUUUUGUAAUUCCUGAAACUUCUGAAAAUGAAACAUCCUUCCAGUCCACCAAUAAUUUACAUUUUCAUGUGAAUUUAGUAAACAACCUAGUACCUUCUGAAACCUCUCAAAAUUCAUUUUUCUAUUCACCUGAAAACAUUGAUAGGCAUGUCUCAGCAGUAGAUAGCAAUUCGCUUUCUUCUCAAGAGUCAAAUGCUUCCAUUUUGGAUGUCCAUAAAAAAUCUUCUGCGAUGUUGGAGGACCGUGUAAUUUCUUCUGACGUCAAUAAAGAAAAUGUUCCUGCGACUACAGAUGCUGAUAUUGAUUUUAUUGUUAUAGAGGAUGAUGAAGAGACAUCACCUACUUCACCAUCCAGUCCCAUCUCUUGUUCAUCUCGAUGGCUGACUACUGUACCAUCAGAAGCUAAACGACGCUUUCUUGAGUCACCAAAUUGUUUAUCAGAUUCAAGUGGGAAAAGCAGAACAAUACAGAAAGAUUACUCCUUGACAUUUGCAGAAAGAUCUUCACAACAGAUGUUAUAUCACCUUUCAAAUCAAGAAAACAAAAAUUUGAAGGAAUGUUGUUGUUCUAGCUGCAUUCAUUUGCAGAAACAAAUUGAUGUUCUCAAAGAAUGCUUCAUUGCAAUGCUAAAAGGAAAAGAAUCACAUUUACAACCACUAGUGGACACAAUUUGCAACCAGAACGCUGGUGAGCUUCAUUCUUCAUUGCCGCAGUCUUCAAGUCAGAGGAAGCGUUGCAACUGUUAUCAGGAGGAAAUACCAGAAGUGAAAAAAAUAAAGCCUACGUUGGAGUCAUUAGAUACUGUGGAUAUAGAGGAGAAACAAACAUCAGAGAAAUCUUCGUUUCCAAUUUCAGAAGCAGAAAAAAACAAAAGUGAAAGGAUGCACAGAGAAUUUCUACAAGUUUCUACUCAAAAUAAACUUGUCCCUUCCGUGGCUGCUGAGAUGGAAGUUUGUUUACAAACAGGUCCAGGCUGCUAUAGUGGUCCAGACUCAGUGGCUUCUGCUGGCUGUAGAAAUUCUUAUAAAUCACAAAUGUAUGAACCAAACUCCACAACCCCAAAUUUUACAGCCAUAAAUCAAGAAAAAAACUCAGUUGGAGGAAAGAUUAAUGAUUAUUUAGACCCGGCUGGUUUGUCUGCGCUAGAGAGACCACAAAGUUUGUUUCAAAAUGCAUCUUCCACUCAAAAUAAUCCUCAGUUAAACAGCUUCAAGAAACUUCAAUUAGAGUUAAGAGAUGCCGAAGAAAAAAUAACUCACUUGUCUUUAGCUGAUGCCAAAGUAUGGAAAGAAUCUGUGCCGCUGACUUCAGAACACAAAAUAGAGAUGGCUGACCAGAGCUCAGAAGAAAAACAUGAGGCGCCGACACCUUGCAUCCAUUUAGAUUCAAGUCGUACUUUGAAUUUAGAAAACAAACAAACUCAUUCCAUGCAAGAUUUUGUAGUUGGCAAACUGUGCCAGGAGAAUCAAGAACAAGCUGGUGACUGUGAAGUAGCAGACAUGAGUUGCGUGGAUGUCAUAGAUCUGACACAAGACGAGAUGGGUAGAGCUACUGUUGUUGAUGUAGAUGUAGUGAAUGAAGAAUGUACAGGUGAACAUCACCUCGAUGAUCUAUCUAUGGACAGCUUUGACAGAGUUCCUAAGAAAACUGUUCAAGAAGUCCCUCAUGUCCAACUUGUCAGAGGUAAAGAGGCCAGAAAAAAACUAAAAGGAUCAACUUGUACUGAAUGUUCUUCGUAUUAUCAAAGUUUUGAAUUGCCUGACGAGGUCAGUCAACAAAAGAUAAAUAAAAGUUCACGUCAUCGAGACAAGCAUCCUCGGCCUAGAUCACCAGAAAACUUUUGGACAAUAGAUUUUCCUGAAACUGAGAACAGACCUAGUGAACAGAAUGAAUCCCCAUCUCAUCAUCGGAGAAGGAAACCAUUUGACAAAUUGUUCAAGUCUAAAUCGGAAGACAUGCAAGAAAAAAAUACUGAGCUUUAAACAUCAGGAACCACUCUCUAAGCUGGUCUUUUAGGUCAUUUUAUUUGCUAUCAAUUUUUAAAAAAAAUUGUAUUAGAGUAUUUGGACUUUAAAAUUGUUGAAUCUGUGCUACCGUUCAUAACAUUCAUUUUGUCUUUAUGUUUUAUAGCAAUUUAUUUUGCAAUAGUUAAAAAAUGGAUUACUGUUUUUUGUUUUAAAAGUAAUCAAAUGUUGUUGUUUUUUUGUAAGCUACAGCAAUCCACUUUACUGUGUGUUCAGAAAUGCAUUUCUACAUUAGAUAUUAAAUGUAUAUUUAUAUAGUUUUUAAUUCUGUGGCAUUUUACAUAUGAAGACAAUCUUUUUCCUUUGCAACUUCUUAUGUGACUAAAGAAGCUAAUCCUUGAUAUACAUUCACAGGUUAGGCAUUUCUAAUCACUAGAUGCUGCAACCUCUUCAGCCUUUUUUUUUAUUACUUCUGAUGUGUUCAUACUCUGCCAGGACUUCUCCUAUAUAUUUGUCCUCCAUCUUUGUCUUGGCCUAUUGAUUGCUUUUUUUCUGUCAACUGUUGAAGAUGUCAAUUUUGAAGAGAUUCAUGUUAUAUACAUCAGUGUAUCUUAAGAGUGUUGCCCUUCAUUUCUUAUGCCCUCUAUUAGACCACUAUAAAAUAUAAUGUGGGCAUGUUAAUCCUGUGGCAUACUGUUUACCAUUCUUUUAAUUGUUACUGUUUCAUAGUUUUUAUAUGAAUAUAUCCUAAUGUUUUUUGAGAUUAUAACUUUAUGUUUAUAUUAGCAUUUCCUUUACAAACCUUUAAAAUGAUUUACACUUGUUUGCAGCCUAUAAUUUACAUCAGUUUCAGUAAUGCCUGCACACUAUGCUGAACAGAUCUUAUGUACCCAUUAGCACUUCAUUCGUUCAGUUCUCAUUAACUCUCUCUCUCCGCAAUUAUUUUUCCACGUUUUGAAGGAAUUCUUCAUUUGCUUAUUCCUAUUUCACUACCCCUGAUUGGGCUUCAAUAGCUUUGUUGUUUGUUAUCAGAAAAUAUUGCAUUUGGUAUAGAAUUAAAGGGAAAUGCAUGCUCUUUUUAUAUAAUUCAAAGCCAAGUUUAAAAAAUUAAACAUUAAUUUAAUUUAAUGAGUUCAAAAUUAACGAUGGUAUUGUCGAUUAGGAGAGAAAGAGUUAACUAAUUAGUCUAAAAUUGAAUUAAGUCUCGAAACUGUGAUCUUUGACUUGUCUGGGGUGUAUUUUCUAUUCAAGCUACUUUGUACCAUUUUGAAAAUUCCAAAUUUUUUGUUAAGAAAAUCAAAAUCUUAGUUAUUUGAAAUGAUGGAACUCUUUGCCCUUGUUAGUCAUUAACUAAAUUUUGUCUUUGAUAGAGUUGAAGAGAUAAUAAUUUUGUCAUCGCAGUAUUAAUUACAUUUCAGCAUCUAUUAGUGCGUGGUCUCAUGAGCUCAACACUGGACUAUGCCACCUGAGAUCUUCACUGACCUCCUUACGUUUUGCCGUCCCUUCCAUUUACCUUAUCCAUGAUAGAAAGUAAAUUCAUCAGUAAAAUAGCUGAAGCUUUUGUUAUGGACAGUUUAAAUAAACUCUGUAAUUUCAAGUCUGCCAAACUUGUGCCUAGGAGGUGCGGUGGCUGAGCGGUAAAGUGCUUGGCUUCCGCACAGGGGACCGGGGUUCAAAUCCUGGUGAUGACUGGGAUUUUUAAUUUCAGGAUCUUCGGGUGCCUCUGAGUCCACCCAGCUCUAAUGGGUACCUGACAUUAGUUAAGGAAAAGUAAAGGCGGUUGGUCGUUGUGCUAGCCACAUGACACCCUUGUUAACCGUAGGCGACAGAAACAGAUGACCUUUACAUCAUCUGCCCUAUAGACCACAAGGUCUGAAAGGGGGACUUUACUUUACUUUACAAACUUGUGCCUUGCAACGGAGGUUCUUCUGUUUCCUGAGGACACACAAACAAAUAUUAAAAGGAAAAAGGUUUUGUUAAACAUGUUCUAUUAAGUGUUGGUGUGCCAGGUAUGCUUUAUAAAAAGCUAAUUUGCCAGCUAUCAUCUGUUAAAAGCUGCUGUGUCAUGUUUUUUCUAUUAAAAGCUGAUGUGCCAGGUAUGGUUUUUAAAAAUGCCAAUGUGCCAGGUACGUUCUAUAAAUUGUUAUUGUGCCAGUUAUGACAUUAAAUUAAGUUGCUUUUUUUUUUUUGGUGUUAUAUAAUUUUUUAAAAUUAUUUUCCAUUUUUUGGGAAUAUGAUUAAUCAAAUUUGCUUUGAAAAAAAAAACAGCAUUUGUUUAUUUUUAGUCAAUAUUAAAUUGUUUUUUGAGAAAAAACUUGCUAAAUGUUACCAUUCUGUUAUAUGAUUGAUCUCUUGCCACUGAUGUAUGAUUGAUUAAUUGAUUGCAUUUCUCGCAUUGUGUUCUACAAACUGUUAAGAAGGGAAUCUUGAAGGCAUUCAAUUUAUUUCUCAUGGGACAAAAAAACUUUUGCAUUUUGUCAUUGUUAGGGACCAUAUUUUGAUUUCAUAUUUUGAUUUUUAAAAAUUUUGUUGUUUUAUUAUAAAAACAUUUUACUAUAAAAACUUUUUAUUUGUUCUUCCACAAUGUAUUAUAUUAUAUUUUUUUUUAGCAGCAUGUUUAAAUGAAAUGAAAUGUUUGUCUUCUGUUUGUGAUAUGUCGAACAGCAAGACCCACAUUUUUAGUGACUGUAAAGUUUGGUGACAUGUUUGCAUUUCUUAUAAUAUAUACAAACUAGUUUUUUUUUUUUAAGGUAAAUUAUAAUUUGCUAUCAAAUUGUAUAAUUGUGGCUUUAAUGGUAUAAUAUAUUUAAUUGUAUAUUGAAUAUUACAUUUAUUUUUAUACAGCCAUACUUUUUAAAUAAUAAUAUAGUAUAUUCUAUUGUUAUAUUAUAUGUUACAUUUAUUUUUUAUAGUGCCAUAAAUGUGAUUAUAAUAAUAUAAUAUAUUCUGUUGUAUAUUAUAUGUUACAUUUAUUUUUAUACUUGGUCCUGGGUGUGGCAAAAUAUGUAGGUCACAGCUGGGGCUGCAUAGCAACGGGAAAUACUGCAUUCCUCACUAAUCUUCGAACUCGAAGACUAGCCUUAUCAUUAUAUAUAAAUAUAUAGGCCUAUAUAUAUAUAUAUAUGCAAUAUGAAUUUAGUCCCCUGAUUACAUUUGAGUAGUUUUUUCCCCCACUUUCCAUUCUUGUAUCAAGUUGAAAUUCUGCAUAAUUAUUCAUAGUCGAUAACAUACACGAAUCAAUCCAAAAAUUAACCAAUUAGUUAAUCAUUUACCACUAUUUAAUCUGGUUUUAUAAAGCAGAAUGGGGGCUAACCCACAUAGUGAGCGGUUAUUUUCCCCUAGACAAGAUUUGGUUUUAAAAAGCAUUCUUUUUUCUAUUGUUUGUUAUUUAUGUUAAUUUUAUUCACUGUAUUUAGAACUAUGACAGAAUGCUAUACAUGGGCUUUUGUUCUCAAAGACUCUUUUAUUACAUUUUUUAUUUGGUUCAACUUGAAUCUGCAUUUUUUGUAAAAAUCUGUCAUAAGAAUGAGACUCAGAUUGUCUCCCUUUCACUUUCAUUUUUUUGUUUGUCCUAUUGAGAAUACAUUGAAUACAAAACCUGAACUCGUGCAUGCAUUAGCUGACGUCACGUAUUGUAUUUCUACGUAAAGAUAGACUUAGAGACUUUAUGAAAUCUCAAAAAAAAAACAAAAAAAAAAACAACUACUGUACAAUCUUUCCCUGAUGGACAUAUGGAGUGGUCUAUUUACUUAGGAACAAGGGCAUUUCUUUGUUGUAAGAGCACUAGUGGGAACACCAUGCGGUCGAUUCUUGCCUUCACGGGAGCAAAUGCAUCCUAGAAAGCUCAUAGGUGGGCAGACGACCACAAUCAGCUAACCACGUGAUCAACUAUCAGGUCAAAGGUCAACCAUCAUGCGUAAUACAGUUUGUUUUUCUCUUUAAUCUGCAACCCACUCGACUCAAACUACACUUUUGUCUAAUAGCCUUACCCGAGCGCCGCUUUCAGAGCAAUGUUAGAAUACAGAAAGUUAAGAAUUUCAUAUCAUUUUAGGAUCCUAAAUGCUGCUGGUUAAGUAAUUGGUAAAAAAAAAAAAAAACCUAUUUGUGCAGCUGUUUGAGACAAACAUCCAUAAAAAAAAGCUAAAAAGAUUCUAGAAAUAAAAAAUAUCACCCUUUGGGUCAGAAUUUUGUGAUUUUACCAUCACAAAAGAGAUGGCAAAGACAAACAGACACCAAAAAAUCUUUUGCAAAUCUGGCAAUCAAAUCAUUAAAUAGAAACAAUUCGAUAUAAAGUUUUCGCAUGUAAAUGGACCUCAUUCACCAAUCUUAAACAAACAACAUUUUGCUACAUGAUAAUAUUGAUAAAACAACGCCAAAAAAAACUGCCACGUGAUAGCCAUUGUGUAUUACUAAUUUGUAUAGAAGAGAUAGAGAAUCACGUGGCUAAAUGUUAUUUGUUUAUGAUUGGUGACUGAGGUCCAUUAUGAGUGAGUCUGGUGUCAAUGUACAUUUUUUUAAAAAUAGUUUUAAUGUUUUGUUUGGUGUAAUGCACAAAUUGUAAGACAAAUUUCAAAUUUCGUUACGGGCAAUAAAGGUUAUUAUUAUU